AUGAGGCCAACUUCCGAAUCCUGGCAUCAACAAACCACAUUUGAUCAGGUGCGAGGUCAGGUCUAUCCAACGACAUCCAUUGUUAGAGCCAAGAGGAAACUAGAUCUGCAUGACCCACCACAUCAACAGCUUUCCGUCCAGCGCUCGUAUUCCCUGCCAGCUACAACCAAAAGGUCAAGAAGCUAUCUGAAAGCGAGCACGAUCAGUGAUGUGCCACGACCUACGACAGAUGUUGUGCCGAUUGCAGACCAACAAUCCAAUUCUGCCCCUACCGCCUCGGACAACCCGUUGCUGACUCUCCGCCACGCUCGUUAUGGACUGCCACCACAGCUCGUCCACAAUUUCGAGAAGUCUGGGGUGAAGUCGAUCUAUCCGUGGCAAUCAACAUGCUUGCUUGGCAAAGGCGUGCUGGAGGGCACCCAGAACCUGAUCUACACUGCUCCUACGGGCGGUGGAAAAUCACUUGUCGCGGAAGUCCUGCUAUUGAAGAAAGUCAUCGAGAAUCCCGGCCGAAAAGCUAUCCUCGUUCUCCCGUACGUGGCUCUGGUGCACGAGAAACUGAAGUGGCUUCGAGUACUAGUCGAAGAUGUAUCCAAACAACUCGACACAUCCGGGGGAGCUCGCUUCACCGGGAACAGCAAGCACAUCCAAGUCAUGGGUUUCCUCGGCGGUAGCCGCGCAAAAAUCACCUGGGCGGACUUCGAUAUUGCUGUAUGCACAAUCGAGAAAGCCAAUGUACUCGUAAAUGCUGCGAUCGAGGAAGGUCGCAUUGAUCAGCUCGCUUGCAUUGUCAUGGACGAGCUACACAUGCUAGACGAUGAAGGUAGGGGAUAUAUCAUGGAGCUCAUGGCGACGAAGCUGCUCGCCACACAGCAGGACAUCCAAAUAAUCGGCAUGAGUGCCACUCUUUCAAAUCCAGCUCUGCUGGCGAAGUGGCUGAGGGCAAAGUUCUACGUGUCGAAGUACCGUCCCAUCCCUGUCGAAGAGCACCUAGUGUACAACGACGAGAUUUAUCCGACAGCCAAUGCCAAAGAGUUCUUUCGGACCGCCAGCCAGCUCUCGGGACAUUCGGCUUCCUGCACAUCCAGUGGGUCAGCGCUCGAUUGUCCCCAGGCCAUUAGAAAAAUCAGGCCUUCAAUUCACGUGGAGUUAGAAAACCCAAUGCUCAAUGCGGUCGUGGCUCUUGCUGUUGAAACAGCUUCAGACGGCUUCGGUGCCUUAGUAUUUUGUUCCAGCCGGCUCGGCGCGGAACGACUUGCGACAGUGAUUGCUGCUGCAACGCCUACGGAGGAGCUCUCGGAGGACGUGCUCAACGAUCGAGCUGAGGUGAUGGCGUGCCUGCAAACUUUACCCAACGGCUUUGAAAGUGCAUUCUCCAAAACCAUUCACGCUGGUGUCGGCUUUCAUCAUGCUGGACUGACUUUGGAGGAACGAGAAUUGAUCGCGGAAGCUUAUGACAAGGGGAUUCUGAAAGUCAUGGUCGCAACCUGUAGUCUUGCGGCAGGCAUCAACCUACCAGCCCGGAGGGUCAUACUUCACGGGGCAAGGAUGGGCCGAGACCUUCUCGGUCCAGCAAUGCUGCGUCAAAUGCGUGGAAGGGCUGGCAGAAAAGGCAAAGACGAGAUCGGUGAGACCUACCUGUGUUGCGUCAAAGCCGAUCUCGAGGCAGUGGCUGCGCUGCUCGAGGCAGAAUUGCCCCCAGUAACGAGCUGCCUCGGUUCCGACAAACGUGGACUUAAACGUGCAGUGCUCGAAGUCGUCGCCACCAAGCUCGCCAACAGCAGAGACAGUCUGGAAGACUACGUCCGUUCAUCUCUGUUAUGGCAAACUUGUGAUCCUGCCGAAGUCAUGGCUAUGCUCGAUGCAGCCCUGGCAGACCUCGUCCAAACACAAUUGAUCUCGCAGUCUGACGAUUUGACCGUAGUGUUUGAGCCUACAACUCUUGGAGUGGCUAUUGUAGCGUCAGCGCUAACACCGGAAGAUGGCCUGUUCGUCCACGAAGAGAUGCAGCGGGCGCUCUCAUCGUUUGUGAUGGAAUCGGAAAUGCAUACACUGUACCUUUUCACGCCCAUACCACAUCAGCACGAUCUUUGCAACAUCGACUGGCCUGUCUUCCGAUCACACCUCGACUCACUCUCGGAGGCGGAUCUGCGUGCCUUCAAGCUGAUCGGUGUCUCGCCGUCCACGAUAGUGAGGCUCUCGCUAUCAGGCGGUCAGUUGCCGGAGAGUACAUCGUCCGAGCUCAACGUUGCCAGAAUCUAUCGACGGGCAUACACGUCUCUCCAGCUCCGGGAUCUGUGCAACGAGAUUCCAGUCCACGACAUCAGCCUUCGCUACAACGUACCGCGAGGACAGAUACAGAAUCUGUCGCAGACGUGUCACGGGUUUGCAGCUGGAAUGAUCAAAUUCUGUGAGCGCAUGGGCUCAGCGUUCACCUUACUUGGUGCAGUGCUCGAACAUAUGUGUGAUCGCCUACGGGCUGGCGCAAGAGCGGACUUGUUGGAUUUGGCAAGGGUCAGCUUCGUCAAGAGUAGGAUGGCAAGACUCUUGUGGGAGAAUGGGUUCAAGUCGGUCAGAAUGCUCGCUGAGGCUAGAACAGAGGAUAUAAUGCCUAUCAUUAUGCUUGCCCAACGAAAGAAGCUCAAAGUCGGAGAGGAUGCUACCGAGCAGAAAAUCCUUGAAAAGGUUAGAACAAAGGCUGAUAUAAUGGUGAAGUCUGCAGGCAAGGUGUUGGACACUAUGAUGGUAGAGGAGCUCGACGACGAGCUUUGA